AACCUGAUACAGGUUCAUACAUUUUCCUGACACCUCUUACUGUGGGAAUAAGACGCAUAAACGUCCCCCAGUUACCGUGGUGUGCAAGCAAUAAAUACAUUAUUUUAAAACUCAUAACAUUAUGGUAGAAAACUCAAUAAGAAGAUCGAUUUUCUUAUGUUUUAUCCUGUGCCGUUUAUUCAGCGCUUUGGCAACUGCACCGGGCGAGACUGUGCCAUUGACUGAUGACCUAGAGUAUGACUUGCCUACGGAUCCAGUAACGUCAUUACUCCAUGACAAUAUCAAGUACAAUAUGCGGAAAUCUUUGGAUCUGGAUGAGGAUGGCUGUUACCUCAUUCCCGGGAAUGAGGAAAGCGUCGAGAAAUGUGGCUUCAAUACUUCAACCAAGACUAUUCUGAUCAUUCAUGGGUGGACGAUGAGUGGGAUGUUUGAGAGCUGGAUGUACAAGCUGGUGGCGGCUGUACAGAAAAGAGAGUCCGAAGCAAACAUGGUGGUGGUAGACUGGCUGGGCCUGGCCCACCAGCUUUAUCCCGACGCUGUCAACAACACUCGCCGGGUUGGAAAGAGCAUAGCUACUGUUUUGGACUGGCUCCAGGAAGAAAAGCAGCUACGACUUGAAGACGUGCACAUGAUUGGAUACAGUCUCGGUGCUCAUGUUGCUGGCUAUGCUGGAACUUUUGUGAAUGGAACUAUUGGACGUAUAACUGGUUUAGACCCCGCUGGUCCCAUGUUUGAGGGUUCAGAAUCCCACAAAAGACUUUCUCCUGACGAUGCUGACUUUGUCGAUGUCCUUCACACAUACACGCGGGGAGCUCUUGGUGUCAGCAUCGGCAUCCAGGAACCCAUCGGACACAUCGACAUCUAUCCCAAUGGUGGAGAUGUACAACCAGGCUGUUCCCUGGGUGACGUGUUGACCACCGCUGCCGCUGGAAAUUUCAUAGAAAUCAUGAAGUGCGAGCACGAACGGGCGGUGCAUCUCUUCGUGGACUCCCUUAUGAACAAGGACCACGUCAGCUAUGCCUUCCAGUGUACCGACCCCGAUCGCUUCAAAAAAGGCAUCUGUCUGAGCUGCAGGAGGAACCGCUGCAAUAGCAUCGGUUACAACACCAAGAAAGUGCGCAAGAGGAGAAACAGUAAAAUGUACCUGAAGACUCGUGGGGAAACGCCUUUUGGCGGUUACCACUAUCAGAUGAAAAUGCAUGUGUUCGACAGGAAGAUGACGAAAGAUGCAGAUCCCACUUUCCACAUCAAACUAUACGGGUCCCAUAACGACACUACUAAUCUCAGUGUGGACAUGACUGAUGGAGUUGGUCUAAACCUCACAAACACGUUCCUCAUCUUCACUGAGGAGGACAUUGGCGACCUUCUGAAAAUUGGACUUCGCUGGGAAGGCCCUUCUGACUCCUGGUCGUCUGUAUUAAAGCACAUGAAGUCAUCAUUCUUUUCGUGGUCGAGUGAAAAGGCUGAAAAAGUUCUUGAGAUUCGGAGGAUCAGAAUCAAAGCAGGCGAGACCCAGAAAAAAGUCACCUUCUGUGCUGAAGACACUGAGAUAUCACCAGGAAAAGAAAUAAUGUUUUUAAAAUGUCGCGAUGGCUGGGAGGUGAAGCCCAGGAAAAGAUUGCACUACUGAAAAAGCACUGUUACAAUAGAGGUGGCACAGGGCCUGAGCACUUUUCUUUGUUUCUGUACACGUUUGGCGGGAUGUUGCACCGUAUUUGUUUUCAGUGGGUUGAACACAGAACAUGCUGCUCAAAUAGCCAGCUGUGCGAGCUGGCCACCGGACUUGCUCAGGGCAGAUUUUCUACCAUUGGGAUGUUCUGGAUUGUUUGAGAUUUUUUUGUAGAUCUUUGUCUUUUGAUAUUGUGUACUGUUGUUUAAAGCCUCCGUUCUGUGAAUCUCAGACUCUCCUCAAAAACAUGAUCCUCGUCAUAUAUAUAUUUUUGUAUGUUUUUAAUUUAUGAAGGAUGAAAAGCACUGCAAAAAGCCAAGCCUAUUUAUCAACUUGCACACCUUGAACCAAGGCUUAAGUUAAUUCUCUCUCAAGUUACCUGACGACCACUUAUUUUAUGUGUGUGUGUCUGUGGAUUUCAACAGCGAGAAGGAUUUUAUAUGAAUUCACAGUAUUAUUUAAGGUCAGGAAAAUGAAGCGGAAUGCUCGUUUUGUCUUUAACAAAAAACAGUUGCACAUUAGUGCCUUGUUGUGUACAAGUUUUAUGUAUAUAAUGUAUAAAAUACUGAAGAAUUUGUAAUAAAAAACAUUGGAUU